AAAGAGAGUGGAUGACAACAACUUGUGACCACGCAUUGUAUGCUAUUGUUGACGUCUUCAGCCAGUAUUUCGAUAUGCUGGGUCCCCUGCUACUCAAGGAUCUCUACACCCAGCUGGAAUGGUGUGUUCAACAAGCAAAUGUCCAAUUGGCGCGCUCCGGAACAAACUGUUUGGAAAAUCUGGUGAUCAGCAAUGGCCAUAAAUUUGAUGAUGACACUUGGGACAAAACCUGUCGAUGUGUGUUGAAUAUGUUCAACGAUACUAAGCCAGUCGAACUUCUGGACGGAUCCCUUGAAGCUCACUUGGUUGCUGAGGUCGGAGAAUCCGGAAGACCAGGCAUUCUUAAACGAUCAAGUAGUUCAUUUAGUGUGAAUUCCAACAAUGAAGACGUUUUCAUAAAUAAGACUAAUCAAUUGUUUUCAAGUCUUUCUAUCAAGUGUGUGGUGCAACGUGAGCUGAUUCAGACCAUCGAUAAUAUCAUCUUCUAUCCAGCCACUUCCAGAAAAGAAGACCAGGAAAAUUUGGCAUUGGCUCAGGCUGAUCUAUUGCAUAAGGAGGACAAGAGCCUAAGUGAACAACAGCGGGAGGAGCAGGGCAUGUACCGCAACCUCAACUGUCAACAUCUGCUGAUGCUUACCGAUUGUCUGAUGGAGUCGCAUCGGUUCGCCAAGUCGUUCAACUCCAACCAUGAGCGCAGAAAUUUCCUCUGGAAAGCAGGUUUCAAGGGCACAGAGAAGCCAAACCUGCUGCAACAGGAACAGAGCCUGGCGUGCGCGCUGCGCGUGCUAUUCAAGAUGUGCGGCGACGAGUCGCGUGCGACCGCGUGGCCGGCCGUGCAGUCGCGGCUGCUGCUAGUGUGUCGCGAGGCGCUCGACUACUUUCUGCGUCUACAGUCGGAGGCGCAUCGCGACGCCUGGACUUGUCUCCUACUGUUGGUGCUAACGCGCAUACUCAAGAUGCCCGACGACCGGUAUAA